AUGGCCUUUUUGCGGAAAUACCGAGUAUCGCGUUGGGCGUGUAUUUACUUGAUUCAUGUGUAUCUCACCAGUUCGGUGUUUGGAAAUAUCCGCUACUCAAUUCCUGAAGAAUUAGAACUUGGUGCCUUUGUUGGGAAUAUCGCUGAAGACCUCGGUUUAGAUGUUAAGCAAAUGUCAGAGCGUAGGUUUCGGAUUGCAUCUGAAAACAAAGGACAAUACUUAACAGUCAAUUUUAAAACUGGAAUUUUGCAUGUCAAGGAAAAAAUAGACAGAGAGCAGCUUUGUGAACAAAGUCUCAGUUGCAUUCUGAUGUUACAGGCGGUGAUCGAGAAUCCACUUAAAAUCUAUCGUAUUGAAGUGACCAUUCUGGACACAAACGAUAAUGCGCCAGUUUUUCAGAGACAGGAAGUUAACCUGGAAAUAUCAGAAAUGACAGCCCUUGGAACAGCCUUUCCACUCCAGAGUGCUGUUGAUCUAGAUGCUGGAACAAAUAGCGUUCAUUCUUAUCAACUGAGCCCAAACCAGUAUUUCACAUUGAAAUCACAACUAGAUGGCAGACAAAAUGGCAUCCCAGAACUGGUGCUGCAGCGACAUUUAGACCGAGAAGCAGAACCGAAUUUUGGAUUAAGGUUAACGGCGUUUGAUGGAGGGAACCCCAAGAAAUUCGGAACCAUGCAAAUUAAGAUUAACGUAGUAGAUGUGAACGACAACGCACCGGUUUGUGAACAAGACAUUUAUCAAAUUACGAUUUCAGAAAAUAUACCCAAAGACACAUUGGUUGCGAAGGUAACUGCCACGGAUAUGGACGAGGGCCUGAAAGGUGAAGUAAUCUAUUCUUUCAGUGAUAACACCCCUGCAAAAACACGUGAGGUAUUUAGCUUAGAUUCAGUUACCGGUGAAAUCAGAGUUGUCGGCGCGUUGGACUUUGAAGAAUCAGAUCGUUAUCAGAUUUCAGUGCAAGCAAAGGACAAAGGAUCACAUCCGCUGGAAGUACAUUGUAAUGUUUUAGUAACGAUUACUGAUAUUAACGACAAUUCUCCAGAAAUAAUACUAAUCACGACGACGAAAACAAUCGCAGAAAAUGUUUCACAGGACACUGUCAUAGCUGUUCUCAGAAUUGUAGAUCGAGAUUAUAAGAAUACAGCAGACAUUUCUUGCAGAAUCUCACGAACUAUCCCGUUUAAGCUUAUCACAUCAUUUGAUAAUUACUAUACAUUAGUAACGCAUGGUGAUAUAGAUCGAGAGGUUGUGCCAGAGUACAACAUCACUAUUACAUGUACUGAUAAUGGGUCGCCUCCACUCUCGGCCACAGAAACCAUCCAACUUCAAGUUUCAGAUAUAAACGACAAUGCGCCACGCUUUACGCAGCCUUCCUUCACAAUGCAUGCAGCAGAAAACAAUGUUAUUGGUGCUUCAAUUGGUUCUGUGACAGCCUUUGAUCCAGAUUCCAAUCAAAAUGCCGAACUUUCAUUUUCGAUUUUGCAUAACGUUAUACACAAUUUACCCGUAUCCACGCUGGUCUCUAUAAGCACUGUCAAUGGCGUGAUUUUUGCUGAGCAAUCCUUUGACUUUGAACAAAUAACAAGUUUUGAGGUCCGUGUGAAAGUGACGGAUGCUGGGGCACCUCCACUUAGCAGUACUGUUACUGUCAAUGUGAUUGUCGUGGAUCAGAAUGACAAUGCCCCUGUGAUUGUGUCGCCUUUGCCGGUGAAAGGAAAUGCAAUCGAGGAAACAAUACCGAGAUCCGCCGAACCCGGUUAUUUAGUGACAAAGGUCACAGCUACCGAUGCAGACUCUGGUAUGAAUGCCAAACUUUCUUACAAAAUUCACCAGUCAAGUGAUGAAAGCCUGUUCACUGUCGCUCAGGAAACAGGCGAACUGUGGACAAUUCGUCACUUUACACGCAAAGAUUCAAUCCACAAAAAAGUGGUAAUUUUGGUGAUGGAUUAUGGAACACCAUCCCUUUCAUCGACAGUCAAUAUCGAUGUAUAUGUGCAGGAUAAAAUUGAAAAUGCAUCAAACACUGGCAUGUUGGGUACCAUUGGACAAUGGGAAACUGAUUUCAAAUUUUACCUGAUGAUUUUAUUUGGAGCAACCUCGUUUGUCUUACUCCUGGCUAUUGUUUUUCUCGGUUUUAAGGUGUGCAGUGAUAGAUAUGAGACCAACAAAGUUUUUUGCUGUUGGAAUGCAUCAUGUUUCUCCCAGAGGAAUUCUCUGCAGGGAAUUGAAAAGGCUAGCGUAAAUCUACAGAUAGCACCCAAAUGUACUCAGGCUUAUGAAAGCGAGAACCUUCCACGACAAUUUCGCUAUGAUCCCGUUAUGAAUGAUUUACUGUUCCUAAAAUUGCAUGAUUCGGCUGCAUCAAUGAUUGACCACAAGACUGGCACUUGUAUCGCUGCAAAACACGAAAAGACAUUAAUCGCUACCAAUAAAGAAACCAAUUACGAGGCAUACAGCAGCAGACCACGGGAUCUGGAGCAAUCCUCCAUUGAAAGAUGCUCUUCAGGACAAUAUGGGAUGGGGUUAUAUACUUCGGAUAAAUGCGAAGUGGAACCUGAUCCCAGAAGGCUUGUAGAAAUACAUUCUCGAGCCUUAUAGGUGCUCUGAAUGGGUACAUUGUGACUCGAAUUAAUGUUUUGUCAGUGUGAUGAGAAAAUUGACAAAAAUGUAUUUGGUCUGCUUACUCUGGCUAACUUAAUUGAAGAAUAUUACUCAAACUUGCAUCACAUUAUAUUCCAAGAUGAAUAAGCUCUGUACAGUCAAAUUGCAUGCUUCUCGAAUGAACGACGACAGUGUGCAUCUCAAUAAUGUUUGGCUAUAUAUAGAUAUUAAUAAAGGAAAUGUCUCUUCACGUAGUUGUAGAUGUGCGUACCCAUUUCAUAAUGAUCUGGAUUUUUGCACCGUAAGACUGUCACCUGUGUAUAGCAUCUGGUAUUCCUUGUUUUCUGAAAAGACAAUUUCAAUUGAAUAUGUGAUACACUUUCUGGAAGGACUAUUUUUUUUUAAGCUUCCUAAUAGAAUAUUCUGCAUUUACCUUAUUGGAAAGGAAUACCCCACCAACCCCACACCCCAUCAUCUCCCAACCAUCUGCUCAAUCUCUCCCAAUUCUGAUCAUUCUCCCAUCAUCUAUUUCUGGACAAUGCACUGAGUCGUCAUUUUUUUCUAAAUGCAAUAGAAUAAACAUAAUGGCUGAGUCAUGGAUAUAUGGAUAAUAGGCAAAAUAUAUAUUCUAUACACAACAGGGGAUGGAGACGAAUGUUGAUAUUUUUCAGAACCAAUGUGCAGAUGCUAGUGACGAGCAGUUGUGGACCAUUAAGAAGGCAAAUUGAUACUUUGAACGGCUUCAAAGACUUUAUUUUUCUUACUUGUGCAUUGAAAUCUAAUUUUUAAUCCAUCUCCUCCAUCAGUUGUUGCGUCCAGUUAACUUGCUACGUUACUUGAUAUCAGUGUCUAUGCAGAAGCCUUCGACAGAGGCACUUAGAUUUGUCGAUGUUUUAAAAGUGCAUUUUG